AUGCAUUGGAAAAGAGCUAGCGGACCAGUCCUUGAUCUUGCCGGUGUUCUGAAAGCUGCUGAGGACUUUGACGCGCAGUCGCGAACCAGAUGGAUCGGGCUGGGCUCGGUCAGGGUCGAGGAUGAGGGUGAGGAUGAGGAUGAGGAUGAGGAUGAGGUCAAAGUCGUAAACAGGCGCGCGCUGGCGUCAGGAGGAAAGCAACGAAGGGACAGCGACACUACGACAGUGUGA